ACAUAAGCUCUGCAGCCUUGGCUAUAGAAGUGAUUUCUAGAUAUAGCCGGUCAGCUUGAUUCUUGGAGAACGCAGAGUGACACAGAGUGACAGAAUCGGUCUCGGCACAGCAGCCGGCUAUAAACAGAACUUGCUGGAUUUCAUGGCCUGAAUUUGCUUCCAGCUUUGAAGACACAAGAAACAUAGGGCAUAAAAAAAGAUAGAAAAUGUCAGAGGCUAACCAGGCCUUUGUGACCCUGGCUACUAGUGAUGCUUACUGCAUGGGGAGUCUAGUGGUGGGCAAGUGCUUGCGAAGGCAUGGAACGACUCGAAAACUGGUGGUUAUGGUUUCUCCCAACGUUAGCAGAGAGGCAUGCUGCUGUCUUGUAUACGUGUCCAGUUUGUCUUUAGAAGACGUGUUUGAUGAGGUUAUAGUGGUGGACAUGUUGGACAGCAGGGACAGGGCUCAUCUCUUCUGGCUGGGACGUCUAGACCUGGGCGUCACAUUCACCAAGCUUCACAGUUGGACUCUUACACAAUACACCAAAUGUGUGUUCCUGGAUGCUGAUACACUUGUGCUGUGUAAUGUCGAUGAGCUGUUUGAGCGAGAAGAGCUCUCUGCGGCUCCAGAUCCAGGCUGGCCCGAUUGCUUUAACUCUGGCGUGUUUGUAUUCAGACCGUCACUGGAGACCCACUCACGCCUGCUGGAGCACGCCAGGAUGUGCGGCAGCUUUGAUGGAGGUGACCAGGGAAUUUUAAACACCUUUUUCAGUGACUGGGCAAUAAAGGACAUCAACAAGCAUCUACCGUUCAUUUACAACCUCAGUGUCAACGCAAUCUACACAUAUUUACCAGCUUUCCACAAGUUUGGCCAUCAAGCAAAGAUCGUCCACUUCCUGGGAAGGAACAAGCCCUGGCAUGUUCCACACAAGCAGCAACCAUUCACAGAGGUUCCUCAAUGGGAUUCCAACAGGAACUUAGAGAAAUUUGUCAAUCUGUGGUGGGCGGAGUACUACAGUCACACAAAACUGCAAGAAAAUGAGUCUCAUGAGCUCCAGGAUGCUGAACCGAUUGAGCAGCUGGACAUGUUGGCGGCUGCACCCUGUUCCACCCAUGUGUCCACUUUGCCGCAUAGGUCACCAACCUCUGCAGCAUCACCCACUACUCCUCCUCCUCAUCCUCACAGCUGUGAGUCAGUCUCUCAGGCCGAGGACAGAGAAGAGAAAAUACCCAGUGAAUUGCUCGGGAAGCUGACGUUGGAUGCAUCGAGCUCAAGUACAUGUCAUCAGCUGGAGGACACGAGCCCUGAGCCUGACGUCUUAUCUGCUGAAGAUUCUGAAGAUUUGGAAAAAUCUGAGCAACAGGAACCACAAGCUGAACAAAAACAGGAAGAAGAAGAAGGAGAAGAAGUCUUAGGAGCAGAGGCCGCAUCAGACACUGCCAGACAGGAAGCUUUAAAGGAGAAUUUGGAGAAUCGGAAGAGAUGGGAAGAGGGUCGGAUGGAUUACCUGGGCAAGGAUGCCUUCGAAAACAUCCGGCUAAAGCUCGACGAAUUUCUCACUUAACAUCUUGUUUUGUGCGUGGAACUCUGCAAACUUUAACAGAUGCUACCUGCAAACAUCCUGACUGACCUCUGACAUUCCUCCAAGAUGGAGGCAUAUUUUUGUCCAUUUGAAUGCGUCCCUUGUUCCCUUGUUUUAGAUCAUGAAUAGCAUUUCGCUCUAAAUACAACUAAAUCAUUUUCUAUUGAUCCUGUGUGUGGAUGUUAUUCCUAAGAACAUAAACCAUUCAGUUAGAGCCUUACAAGCUUUAAACUGCAUGCAUAAAAAUGAUGGAGUGCUAUGUUUUUAUUUCAACUUAAUCUCUCUCUCUCUCUCUCUCUCUCUCUCUCUCUCUCUCUUUCUCUCUCUCUCUCUUUAGUAUGUGGAGAUUUUAACUAAUACCACAGCUCUGUUGAUUUUUCCAUUAUGAUCAGUCAGAAGGCGUUGAUUCAUUUUCUAUAACAGCAGCGCAGGCAGUUAUUCUGCCUGUAUUUUUUAAUCACAGGUUUUAUAAAUAUUAAUUCCAAUACAUUUGAGCCACAGCUCAUUCACAACGUUGGCUAUCUACUCAAUUUAAUGCUAAAAAAUAGUGGAUUAAAAACCCUGAAUAAAUAUUUAUAAUUGUUGAUAUAUAACUUUCUGAAAGGAUAUAACAUUCUUAAUCUAACUUUUAUCUAAUUUAUGGUAUCCAGUGUAAGUGUGUUUCCUGUAUGAAAAGCUCUUUUUCAAUUGUUAUUUGUUUGUUUUUGCCAAAUUACUGUGGUAUAAGAGGGAAAAAAUGCUGUUUUUAGAAAAACAUUCAAUUUCGAAGUAGUAACAGUAACUCACACCACCCUGUUUUAUAAAGUCUUCAUUUUUCCUAAAUAUUUUUUUACUUUAAAUGAAUUACCCUGUUUCAAGUUAUUAUAUCGAGUAUAUAUAGUAUACAUUAUAUAAUAAUGAGUUAUCUCAUUAUUUUGACUAAAUAACUCGUCACAUUUUAACGGUCACUCAAGAUAACUUGAUGUAAAAGUUUAAAUUCAUUGAAAUACAUUGAGAUAUUAUGUAGAAAUAAUGACAUAGCACUUCCAUACUGACCUGAAACUGCCUGUCCGUGUAUUAGUAACCGCUGAUAUACAAAAAAAUGAUUUGAUACGUAUCCUGUCUGACUUUAUUUAAAGGUUGGUUUUGGUCUGGUGUAUUCAUAAAUCUCUGUUGACAAUACAAAUACUUACUGAGUUCAACUCAAAUCAAAACAUUCAUUCAAAAUAUAGGAAGUAACCCGUCUUCAUCAUUUAUGUAAGUUCUGGUUUGUUUGCAGAGGCAAUAAACUGAAGCUGUUUGUCCCUGUUGUAAAUAUUUAGGCUGAAUCAUGAAUAUUAUUCAACGGAUUUCCCUGACGUUUGAUGGCUUUCACGUACAAGGCUAUGAAAAUGUUGCCUACUAUGACCCAUGUACUUUUAUAUCAAAACAACAUCUGCCACUCAAUAUAUUUAUAUAUUUCUACCUCAUCACUCAUCAUGACAUUUUCCUAAUCCUGGAAGAAUAGAGUUCCACAGUGCAAGCUGUCAGAAAUGCAAGUGUUUCCCAAUAUGCUUGGUGUGCUAUGCUAAGAUCAUAGCUGUGCUUUGAAAACUAGCUGUCUGAUGAAAAAAAAAAAAACAGAAACACUGAAGAGGACAGCAGAUGUCAGUUGGGUAAAGGAGUCCUGGGAGUUUAACAUCUGUCCGGCAUGCUCUCUGCUCCACCACAUGUACAUUACAAAUGUCCACCCCCUCAGGGCUGGGAUGAGGUUUCAGGGAUAAAUGUUUAGUGACCUAAAAUCAUAAAUCCCCCUCUAGGAUAAUUAUCUGAAAAAUACACAAACAUAUUAAGGAUACUACGAAUACAUUAACGGUGUUAAUUAUUAUUAGAAGAUUCUUUGUAUUGAUCUUGAGAUCACUUUUCUUGCUGAGUUAAUCACUGAAGACUCCUGCAUCUGUUAGUCUGCAACGUCAAUGCCAUAAUUAUUGGCACCCUUUUUUCAAAAUGAAUGACACUGAGUCAACAUGAGUGAUAUUUUGAGAUUAAAGCUGCUGUUAACAUGUCUUUUGGGUUCAGUUCCCACCAUUAAAACAGAUGGCGAGAUAU